AUGAAGCUCAUUUCUGAACAAGAAGCACUCGAACACAAACAUCACAUCUUUAGACAAUGCUAUAAAGGUUGCGUCGCUGGUACUGCUAUUGGUAUUGGUUUGUUCACAUACAUGAAGUUUAGACAACCAGUUAAAUUCAAUUCAUUCAACUGGACCAUCAAAUCUUGUAUGAUUGGUAUGCCGCUUAUUGGUUGUGCUACUUUUGCUUCUCUCAAAGGUUCUGCUAGAUUUUUUGACAGUCGUUACAGAUCAGAACAUUUAUCAAGUCAAAAGCUCCACCAAAAGUCACUUCUUGGUGACUUGUCCUUCUCAGAUAAAAUCUUCUACAAGUUAAAUGAACACAAGUAUGAAGUUGUUGUUGCUACAUGGGCUGGAUCCUUGUUUGCUGCUUGGAAAAUCAUCAACAGAGACUUGAUUUUAACAAGAACUCAAAAACUUGUUCAAGCAAGAGUAUAUGCCCAAGCCUUUGCUUUGGGUAUUUUGUUGAGCACAAUCUACUUGAACAUGAAGGAGGUUGAAUUGAAAAAGAAGUUACCAGAAGCUUCACCAAAUUGGAAACAGGUUUUACAAGAACAAGGUAGUUUAUAG